AUGUACCUGAUCACUGUGUUUGGAAACCUUCUCAUCAUCCUGGCCGUCAGCUCUGCCUCCCACCUCCACACGCCCAUGUACUUCUUCCUCACUAAUCUGUCCUUUGUGGACAUCUGUUUCACCUCCACCACCGUCCCCAAGAUGCUGUGGAACAUCCAGACUCAGAGCAAGGUCAUAACCUAUACAGACUGCAUCAAUCAGAUGUACUUUUUCAUACUCUGGGCAGGAUUAGACGUCUUUCUCCUGAGCGUGAUGGCCUAUGACCGCUUUGUGGCCAUCUGUCAUCCCCUACACUACACAGUCAUCAUGAACCCCCGGCUCUGUGGGCUGCUGGUUCUCGUGUCCUGGAUCAUGAGUGUCUUCUUGUUUUUUUGUACCAGCCUGGGAGUGUACCUUAGCUCUGCUGCUACCCAGAGCUCCCACUCAAGUGCAGUAGCCUCAGUGAUGUACACAGUGGUCACGCCCAUGCUGAACCCCUUCAUCUACAGCCUGAGGAACAAAGACAUAAAGAGAGCUCUGAAAAGAAUCAUUGGGUUCCAGCAGUGUAAGGGCCAUUAG